AUGUCUAAAGCUGUUGUCAAGACGACUUUCGAGGCGUCUCGCACGCUUCGUCCUAUAUAUACCGGAGGAAGUACCGCGCUCGAUGCCAGUGGUCGAUUACUGGUGACUUGUGUCGGCGAGGAUGCAUUGAUUGUGGAUCUUGAGACUGGUGAUCAGCUUGCCAGUCUUGAAGGAGUGAUCUCUCCAUCGGCUUCCCAUGUCAUCGUCUGCUCACGGUCCAUGUCAAUGCGAAUCUAUGCCUUAACACCCUUCGACGAAACCUCCAGAACGGUUGAAACAUCUCUUCUUCGAACUUUGAAGCCGCACACCGCACCUGUCGUGACAUCUACAGUCGACCCAACUAGCACACUACUCGCAACCGGAGCUGCAGAUGGCUCGAUCAAGGUCUGGGACAUUAGGGGAGGCUAUAUCACACAUACCUUCCAUGGUCAUGGCGGUGUUAUAUCAGCCCUGUGCUUUUUCCAGGUCCCAGUUCAGGAUGGUGACACAAAGUCCUCAAAAAAGAAGCAGUCAAAGAAGAUGUCUGUGGAUCUGGACGGUGACGACGACAUGGCUGAAUCUGACUCCGCGGUGGGCUUUCGACUUGCCUCAGGAGACGAAGAGGGCAAGGUUCGAGUGUGGGAUCUGAACAAGAGAAAGUCAGUGACAACGCUUGAGUCUCACGUCUCUGUAGUACGAAGCUUGUCAUAUUCUCCUUCGGAGAAUGCAUUGCUAUCUGCUGCUCGAGAUAAGACCGUUAUUGUCUGGGACGUGAGGACCUUCAAAACGCGGCGAAUCAUACCCGUGCUCGAAAGUGUGGAAGCUGCUACAUUUGUCGCCGAAAGUGGGCUGUGCAUGGUGGCAGGUGAAAACGGCAAAUUGCGCGUAUGGGACUGCAACCGCGGAGGAGAGGUGACCAAAGAGCAAGAAGCUGGGCCUGAAUUCGAGGCGGUUGUGGCCAUCCACUACUUCCCUGGUAUGAAGUUCGCUAUGACCGUUCAUGCAGACCAGACCCUGAGGCUUCAUUCACUCGAGUCCUUGUCCGCCUUUAAGCCGGGCUCCACACUGGAUCCUUUGACAGUUGUCAGGCGCAUAUCAGGCAAUGACGAUGAUAUUAUCGAUUUAGCAUAUGUCGGUCCCGAUAGAUCAAUGCUGGCGCUUGCCACCAACACGGAGAGCAUUCGCAUUAUAUCAGUCGCUCCGUCUGAGGACCGUCCGUCGACCCAAGACCGUGAAUAUUUCGGUGCCGAUGUCGCACAUCUUGAGGGCCAUGACGAUAUAAUCAUCUGUAUUGAUGUAGAUUGGUCUGGACAUUGGUUGGCGACUGGCGCAAAAGAUAACUCAGCCCGUCUUUGGCGUCUUGAUCCCAUGAAUUCAUCCUAUACAUGUUUCGCAGUCUUCACAGGUCAUGCAGAAUCACUGGGAGCUAUCAGUCUUCCUCGAGUGCCUCCCCCAGCCAACACACCCGCACACAAUGACCCCUUAAACCAUCCACCUUCGUUCCUUCUGACAGGCUCUCAAGACCGUACAAUCAAGCGAUGGGAAACUAGGAAGCUAGCUCCCCUCACUUCGUCGAAACCGCAUACACCCAAAGCUGUUUAUACCCGGAAAGCCCACGAAAAAGACAUCAAUGCCCUUGACAUCAACCAUUCAUCGACUCUCUUUGCUUCAGCUUCACAGGAUCGGACUGUGAAAAUCUGGUCCACUGAAGAUGGCUCUGUUGUUGGUGUCCUUCGGGGUCACAAGAGAGGAGUCUGGUCUGUCCGUUUUGCCCCAAAAGACACUCCCAUCAUCAGCGCCGACGCCAAAAGCAGUACCAACAGGGGCCUGAUUGCCACAGGCUCUGGUGAUAAGACCGUCAAGCUUUGGAGUUUGUCUGACUACAGCUGUCUUUUGACGUUUGAAGGGCACACAAACAGUGUACUGAAAGUCAUCUGGCUCCCGCCUUCAGAACUGUCCAUCAAAGCUGAAGACGCAGAGGAAGAUGAUACGGAUGCUUCGGUGCGCAAAAUCGCUACCCAGCCGAAACCUCUAAUCGCAUCUGCGGCUGCCGACGGAUUGGUUAAAAUCUGGUCGCCUUAUACCGGCGAGGUCGAGACCACCCUCGACAAUCACGAGGAUCGAGUGUGGGCGCUAGCGAGCCCUACACCCUCCGGCUCGCGUGCCGAUGUCAAAUCGUCACCUUCUCAAAAAGCCGCUACUCCGUACGCGCUCGCCUCUGGCUCGGCUGACUCCACCGUCACCUUUUGGACUGAUACCACCUCUGCGACUUACACCGCUGCAGUCAGCGCCAACUCUGCCCGCAUUGAACAAGAUCAGCAGUUGCAAAAUUACAUUAGAGCGGGGGCUUAUCGCGAAGCUAUCACAUUAGCACUCCAGCUUAACCAUCCCGCACGACUCUUAUCCAUCUUCACAACCGCAAUCGAUGCUGCGGAUAAUCCGUACUCAUCAGACUCAGACAAAGACGAGCGUGUCAACAGUUUGACUGGUGACGCAUCGAUCGAUGAGGUCCUUCAAUCCCUUGAUCCGUCUAAUCUCCGCCUUCUUCUGCUCCGGUUGCGUGACUGGAACACUAACGCGCGCACUUCUCGAGUGGCGCAGCGAAUCUUAUAUGCUUUGUUCCGAUCAUAUCCUGCUUCAACAUUCGUGGAGCUGGCGACGUCAAGCAUGGCAAAGCGAGGCAGUGAUCGUCGCACCGCCGCAGGCAUGAGGGAUAUUCUGCAGGCUUUGGCCGCAUACACAGAGCGGCAUUAUCGCCGUGUUGAGGAGCUGACGGACGAGAGUUUCCUGGUCGAAUGGGUGUUGGGUGAGAUGGACGGCGGCGUAGGACUUCUAGGAGGUCCCGGUGUCUCCAGCACGAGCGAGGCCAAUGGUGUUCAAGUACAUGAACAUGAAAAGGAUUUCAUCAUGUUGGGGGUAUAG